AUGCAUCUGUAUCGGCAAGAGGAACAAAACAGACACCAUGUUGAUUUUCCUCACCAGGGGAAUCAAUUCAGCACACUCGGAAAUGGGUUACAACAGCACGAAAUGCAUCCUCCGUUUCAAAGAUACUUUAGACAGGGUCUAGCCAAUGAAAACCGACAUCCAAACUUCCAUGCAAACCCCAAUUUCCAGAGCCUACAGCACAAUCCGAAUGCUGGAUCGAACUUUUCGCAGCCUAGAAGAGUCAAUAUUAGAUCAGAAUAUCUGUCGAAUCAAGUUCAUCCUAUGAUAGAAAAUGGCUGGAGUGGAGAUAAACCGAUGGCUUUUAACACCUCAAAUUCGUACUAUCCAAAGUCAGAGAGCCACAACUUCAGCACAAAUCCACCUGCUCCUAUCGUAGGAAACGGACAGAGUUUUCAGCAAUGGCCUGGAACUCUCGAAGCUCAAUCAAAGUUCAAUGUUCGGUUCCAGCGACUUGACGUAAACCCUAGUCAAUUUUCGCCUCAAGCCACCAUAGCCAAUGCUCCGACACCAUACCAACUACAUCAAUGGGCCAAUGGAAGUUUGAACAUAUUUUUCCCCACUGCAGUAAAUGGCACAAAUCAUCGACAGGCGCAGGGAGAGUUCGAUAAUGGACUGGGUUUUAAUCAUCCACACUUUAAAGGUGUCUAUGUCCCACGAAGCACGAUACUACUAUCCGAGCUGCGCAAGCAGAUGAUUUCAAUAGCCCGUGAGAUCAAGCUCAGAACUGUGGAGAGUAUAAGUGCACCUUCAGAACAUGCGCAACCUCAGGGAAAUGAAGAAUUUUUUAUGCUCUAUCUUGUUAUUUUAGGGCAGUAUCUCCUACAAGAAGGUUCCGCUUGGUAUACCGACCUUCCUCCUCCAGCCAUGUCACCUCGGGCCACGGAUUUGCUUUCUUCGAGCCCUAUCCCAUUUAAUCUAGACAAAAUCAAAAGAGAGAGCCAAAAAAGUGAUGGGAUUAAUGGAAACCCAUGCGCUUCUAAGAAAAUAAGUCCAAUUGACACUACAGACUGGGACACUGUUCUUCAUAGUCCGGACUUCUUCGCGCUCGGUGAUGUAGAUUGUUCUGCUCCUCUGGACUCUGGAGGUGUUCUCAUUGAACCAGACGAUUUUGAGAUCUAUUCAGAUUACUGUCCUAGUCCUUCAAUGAAUGAUGGAGGUUCUUUUUCUUUGUCUCCUCCCUCAGAGCCUAAAAACUCGAAUACUCCUCUUUCAACACCCUCCAUGCGAUUCCACCCUCUUUCACCUUGUGCACCGGUGUUUGUCCCCGCCAGCAAAGGUCAUCGAACAAUUUCAAAUGUUGAUGGCGAUCAUGGACCACUUGAAUCUCCAGACAAUAUAAUCUUAUCAAAGAGUCCUCCCGAACCAGGACAAGGUAGAGAUUACUCUCCACGUAUACAGUCUGUUUCACUUGCGGAUGGGGAGAUGCUUAUAGACCCUUUUGUCACCAAUAACUCAUCAAAUACAAUCACUCCAUCCGUUGCAUCCCUCCAGCGAACCAGACCCUACUUAUUGAUUCCACCAACUCCCAUUAGUCCCUUUCAUCACGCUAGCUCAUCCGAUCUUGGCAGUCCAACCUCUAGAGAUCGCUCUUUUGCUCACAAACCAUUGCAAUUUCCUAGUAACAUAUGUUUCAUACGUACGAAGCCCGGCUCUGGAAUAAGGAUUUGCCUCCUUCCAGGGAAAAUCUGGGUUGAUCUUCCCCAAAUAGGGAUUCACCACUGCGAUGAAGAUUUACCAGACAUACAUUACGUGAUGGGUUCUGCAAGCUGGUUUUACACAAAAAAUUGGGUUCCGAUACUAUACCAAGAGAUUUUUACUUAUAACUCAUUGAAAAGGUUUGAGAGACUUGCAAAAGCGCCAACGCAGUCUGCACCCGCGCCAUCCACUGUACCAACUGGAUAUGUAGACUUGUACGGAAGACCCAUCUUUUUUCAAGCAGGUAAUUCUAAGCCUGAGCCCAAAGUAGAAUUGUUCCCCAGUGGCGAUGAUUUAGGUGUCAACUGGAAUGCGACACCAGCCGAAAGAAGGAGGAUUCGAAAAGCCGAGGUAAGACAAAUGUGGGAGAAUUGGGAAGAAGGAGUGCGUGAUGCGAGAUUGUUCUGUCAUCUUUGGAAGAAAUGGGGCCGGAUAAAGGGCUGGACAGGAAAACAGAACAAAUGCGGGGAUAAUGCAACCGGAGAAGAGAAGAAUAUGAUCGCUCAUCAUCAAUUGAUGAUGAUAGUGCUACUCACGUCUAAACAAGGAUCUGGCAUCAAACUGAUCGGUUCUGAGGAGAAGAAGAAAUUUUUGGAUGGAAGGUCGAUUGGACAAUUUAAACACGACUGGGAAGAGAGGAUCAGGAAAUUUGGUAGUUCGAAUUGCUUGGAAUGA